AUGAUGCUGAUCUCGGUGUGUGUGUGUCUGUGCGUGUGUGUGUCGGGUGUGCUGUCCGCCCCGGCCUCAGCCCCGGAGAGGCAGAGUGGUGUGUGUGGGGGGCCUCGGAACAAGCUGCUGUUCAUCUCGUUCGACGGGUUCCGUUGGGAUUACGAUCGGGACGUGGACACCCCCAAUCUGGACAAAAUGGCGGCGGACGGGGUCCGGGCGGAAUACGUCACCCCGCCAUACCUGACGAUCACCAGCCCCACACACUUCACACUGCUCACAGGGCGCUAUAUUGAGAACCAUGGUGUGAUCCACAACAUGUGGUUCAACAUCUCCACUCAGGAGAAGAAGCAGUACUACAUGACCCAGUACGUAGACGAGUACUGGGACAACGGCACCCUACCCAUCUGGAUCACCGCACAGAGACAGGGCUUGAAGGCGGGCUCUCUGCACUUCCCGGGAACGCAAGCCACCUAUCAGGGCGAGGAGGUGGGGCUUAAGCAGGUGGAGCCCUUCCUGUACGACCACAGCAACGAGAGUGAUUGGCGGGUGAACGUGGACCGUGUGGUGGGGGAGUGGUUUGCACAGCGCGAUCUGGACCUGGUGACACUCUACUUUGGGGAGCCGGACAAGACCGGACACAAAUACGGACCCGACUCGCCAGAACGAAUUGAAGCCGUCAAAAAGGUGGAUCGCACGGUGGGCUACAUCCGUGAGGUGGUCCAGCACCACAACCUGUCCAGCUGCCUCAACAUCAUCAUCACAGCCGACCACGGCAUGACGACGGUUGCUAGGGGAGCGGGCGUCAAUGAGAUCAUCCUCCGGGAGAUUCCGGGCUUCAACUUCAUGGACAUCAAGUUCCACCUGGUCGACUACGGACCUUCCGGAAUGCUGCUGCCCAGAGAGGGAAAGCUGGACACGGUCUAUAAUGCCCUGAAGGGAGCCCAUCCCAACCUGCAUGUCUACAAGAAAGAAGAGAUGCCGGAGAGGUUGCACUACUCUAAGAACCCUCGCAUAUUACCCAUCAUCCUCUACGCCGACCCACCAUACGUCAUCAACGGGUUCUUCCCAGUGCAGUUCAAUAAAGGGGAGCACGGCUAUGACAAUGUCCAUAUGGAUAUGAAGCCAUUCUUCAGAGCAGUCGGACCUGACUUCAAGCAGGGAAUACAGGUGGAGGGCUUUGAGACGGUGAAUAUCUACCCCCUCAUGUGUCACCUGCUGGGCAUGACACCUGAAGUGAAUGACGGAUCCCUCCGCGCUACAAGAAACAUGCUGGCCUUCCAGCCCAGGCCGAUUGAGCAGAGUCUGCUUUACGGCUUCGGGGCGAUGGGAGGCUUCCUCGUGUUGGUCGCCAUCGUCAUGACAACUUACUUCCUCAUCAAGAAGAAUAAGAAGAAGAAUAAGAAAAAGGAUUCGGACAACCACAGCACCGCCUCGUCAGUACCAUCUUCAUCAGAAAAAGAAUGCAAGAUGUGAACCAAUGGACAUCACACAGACACACACACACACACAC